AUGCCUAUGAGCUGGGAUGCUGCGGCUGAUGCCAAGUUGUUCACUGUUGUCAUGGCAGUCUACGAUGUCAAGAUUUCCGGCGCACAGAACGAGAGAAUUGCCAAGUUGAUGGGAGAAGCAAUACAGACGUCACNNCCCAAAGCCAUCACCCACCGUCUCUCCAAGAUCAAAGCCCAAGCCGCAUCUUUCGCCCCUAAAACUCCUAGCUCUCGCAAACACACUGCCCCCACUAAGACUCCCUCUGCCUCUGCCACGAAGGCAAGCGGCAAAGGAAGUGGAAAGGGCGGAAAGGCUCUCUCAGCAACUCACACCAUCACAACCCUCAUGCACGACAACAACAGCGAUGACGAAGAAGACUUCUCCGCCUUUACCCCCACCCACAUCGCCAAGAAGAGAAAAUUUGGCUCCAAAGGUCCAAAGAUUGAGGUUGGAGAUGAGAAAGGAAAGUUUCCUGGUAUGGAUGAUGGUGCAGAGGGUAAUGGUGAUGCUAUUGAUUUCAGUCUCCAGCAUGCAUACAUCAACACUGUCAUUACUCCUGAAAUCAAGGUUCAGGAUGAGGAAGGCAGCAAGCAAGUUGUGGACUUGACUGCAGAUGCGGCGGAUGCAGAUGGAGGAGCUGGAGAUAAGGCACUCACAGUCACCAAGACCAAGGGUAAGGGAAAGCAGAAGGAGACCCGCGAAGUCAAGAAAGAAGAUGAGGAUGAGAUGAUGCCGGCUAACGAAAAUGUUGAUGAUGAGAUGGUCAUUUAA